AUGGAUGACACCUACUACUCACUAGACCAACUCCUGGCAGAAAACCAGAAGAUCCCUUGCAUUUUCAACAUCGCCGUUCCCGGGAUGGGCUAUCUCGAAGGUUCCAAUGAACGCGAUAUUCAACCUUACACCGCCAUCGAGAUCCCGUUUUGGUUGGCUAGCAUUCUUAGUCAACAGGAUAACCCGGAAGACGAAACUCAAAAUUACUUGACGAUUCAGAUGCCUAAAUCUUUUAACCUUCAAAUCAGGAACGCCUUGUCUGCUUCAACUAAAAACGUCAAUUUGAAAAACUUGGCUGCUAACUCGGGUGGUGGUUGGUAUGAAUCUGGCGCGGCCUUAUUAGAGAUGAUUGAAGACAAUAACUUGAAAUUGGUCUUACUCAUAACAUUGUUUGAUCGAGUACCAGAUGUAUUGGAUCUCGCGACGCGACCGCCCCUUAGUUCUGGAGAAGAUAGAUCAACCAGCACGAAUACAUCUAGUACUCUCCAUAGUCAUGAUGAACUCUCCUUGGGUAUAGAUUCAUGGGAGAAGGAACUCUUGGUCACCGGCCAACAAACGUCCAAGAAACAGACUGAAUGGGUGAAAAGUCCAAUAAUCUGCUAA